CAGCUGUCAUAUACUGUUUUCAUUUUCAUAUGGAUAAAAUAAUUCGUUUUGAUUUUAAUAGUAUUAAGACUAGCCAAUUUCUUUAUUAUUUAGUCGAAAAUUAAAAGUAAUGACUAUGGAGGAAAUAAUAUCGCAGUGCAAUUUUGCCAUGCUAGAAGGCAAAAUAGAUUCACGGUUGUUAGAGGUUAUAAAAAGUUUAGGAUUUGAUAAACCCACAAGGAUUCAGGUCCAAUCUUUACCACAUUUACUUGUUGGUAAAGAUUUAAUAGGUGCAGCGAAGACUGGCAGUGGGAAAACAUUAGCAUUUCUUAUUCCUGUUAUUGACCGACUAAUAAAAUUAGGAUAUAAUGGAAAAAACGGUACUGGCUGUAUAAUAAUUUCACCAACAAGAGAAUUAGCCCUGCAGACAAAUGAAGUUCUCAAAAAACUACUAAAAAAUAUUGCCUUAUCACAUUGUUUAAUAGUUGGAGGAGAAAAGAAGUCAAAAGACAUACGAAUGCUAAAGAAAGGAGCUAAUAUUGUUGUGAGUACCCCAGGUCGUCUCUGGGAUCAUUUACAAAAUAAUGACAAGUUUAACUGUGAUAACUUAAAAUGUUUAGUACUUGAUGAAGCUGAUAAAUUACUGGAAGCAGGAUUUGAGAAACACAUUAGUGGAAUUAUUAAUUUGCUGCCAAAAAGCAGACAAACAAUAUUAUUUAGUGCAACAAUUGAUAACAAGGUGGAGAAUCUUGCACGGCUAGCACUCAGAAGUGACCCGGUACUGAUAUCAGUGAAAGAUAAACAAUCUACUGUUACAGGGUUGCAACAGGGAUACUGUAUAUGUCCAUUGGAAUAUAGGAUACCUUGGCUAUAUAAAAUGCUAAAGAAAACUAAAAAGUUGAAAGUUAUGGUCUUCUUCUCCUCUUGUAAAUCUGUGGAUUUCCAUUAUGAAUUUUUUAAAACACAUUGCAAAGCAUCUGUUUUAAAAAUACAUGGAAAACAAACACAAGCAAAAAGGAAGGAAUCAUUUCAGAUAUUUGUUGAGGCCACACAUUGUACACUGUUUUGUACAGAUGUUGCUGCUAGAGGAUUAGAUAUUCCUUGUGUAGAUUGGAUUGUUCAGUAUGACCCACCAACGGAUCCGAAAGAAUAUAUUCAUAGAGUUGGCCGCACUGCUAGAGGAUUAAAUACAAAAGGGAAUGCAGUUAUAGUUCUUAGACCCGAGGAAGAAGAAUUUAUAAACUUCUUGCAUAAAGAAAAGGUUUAUUUAGAUAAGUAUAAUUAUUGUGACCCUGCCGUGGAAGUACAAGAAAUGUUAGAAGACAUAAUACUUAAGAAUGGAGUCGUAAAAAAAUUAGCAAGACAAGCAUUUCUCUCUUACCUGAGAUGUUACAAAUGUCAUCCAUUAAAGAAGAUUUUUAACAUUAAAACAUUGGAUUUAAAGAUGGCGGCAAAAUCUUUUGGGUUUCAGGAGCAGCCCGACGUUGAUUUUUUAUAAUAAAAAUGUAGGCAAGUGUAGUGUGGGGCGACCGUCUGUGAAAUGGAAUGACGAUAUCAAGAGUCGUUGGAUGUAAGUUGCGCAGGAUCGCACUUUGUGGCGUAAUAUGAGGGAGAUCAUCAGUAGUGGACAUUGGAUAGUUUAUAAUAAUGAUGAUGACGAUAGUAAAAUUGGCCAUCCAAAACAUGGCAUUUCUUCACAAUAACAAGUAUCUGUCACAUGAAAACUGUCACUACUAUACUAGACGCUUUGAUAUCACAAGUUAUUUAUUAUAUCGGAAAAUACCUAUUAAUAUCUCUAAUGAUCUGUCUUCAUCAAUUCUUAUAUUUAUAUAAAUUUUAUUUAGAAACUCCGAACCAAAAUGUUACCAGCGCCAAUAAGAAUCUAAUUCAAUGUCAUUUAUACGCAGUGUUAAUUUGUGAUAUCUAUUUAUAUCUGUAAUUAUCACCCAAAAAUAAAUCAAGUAAUGAAAAUAACAA